AUCAAAACUAUCCCUAUAAACAAGCUUAUAAGCAAAGUACCCCAACAAACCUAACAACCCCAAAAAUCAUCUCCACCAACACAAAACCCCGAAACAAGAAAGAAUCAAGGAUCAAAACAAUGGCUUCAGAGACAACCUCAAACCCUAAUUUCCCCAUCAAAACAGUAGUUGUCCUAGUCCAAGAAAACCGCUCCUUCGAUCACAUGUUGGGUUGGAUGAAAACCCUAAACCCAGAAAUCGACGGCGUCACAGGAUCCGAAUCAAACCCACUGUCCACCGCAGACCCUACCUCGAAGCGGGUUUUCUAUGGUGACGGGUCGCUCUACGUGGACCCGGAUCCGGGACACUCCAUCCAGGACAUCUUCGAGCAAAUAUUUGGUGUUCCAUGGAGCCAAGACUCAGCCGCCAAAGAGCCCAACAUGCAAGGGUUCGCUCAGAAUGCGGAGAGGAAAAGAAAUGGGAUGUCGGAUACGGUCAUGAACGGGUUCAAACCCGAGGCCAUACCCGUUUACAGGGAGCUGGUCACAGAGUUCGCCGUAUGUGACCGGUGGUUCGCGGCGGUGCCGGCGUCGACGCAGCCGAACAGGUUGUUUGUGCAUUCCGGCACCUCCUACGGCGCUACGAGCAAUGACCGUAAGCUGUUGAUCGAAGGGUACCCUCAGAAGACUAUAUUUGAAUCCUUAGAAGAAGCGGGUUGUACCUUUGGCAUAUACUAUCAGUACCCUCCAGCCACACUUUUCUACAAGAACCUGAGAAAAUUGAAGUACGUAUUAAACAAUUUCCACCAGUUUGAUCUUCAUUUCAAGAGGCACUGCAAGGAAGGAAAGUUACCUAACUAUGUGGUGGUCGAACAACGUUAUUUCGACCUGAAAUUAUUGCCCGGGAACGACGAUCACCCGUCUCAUGAUGUCUUUGAAGGCCAGAAAUUUGUCAAGAAAGUCUAUGAAGCAUUGAGGUCUAGUCCUCAAUGGAAUGAAAUGCUGUUCAUUAUCAUUUAUGAUGAACACGGUGGAUUCUUUGACCAUGUCCCAACUCCGGUCACCGGAGUUCCCAGCCCGGAUGGGAUUGUGGGUCCUGAGCCUUACAAUUUCCGGUUUGAUCGGUUGGGUGUUAGGGUUCCAACCAUCAUGAUAUCUCCGUGGAUUGAGAAAGGAGCGGUUCUACAUGGACCAUCGGGACCACAUCCUACAUCUGAAUUUGAACACUCGUCGAUACCUGCAACUAUUAAAAAAAUCUUCAAUUUGAAGGAAUUUUUAACUAAGCGCGAUGCAUGGGCUGGCACUUUUGAGACGGUGAUAAGCAGAAAAAGUCCCAGGACUGAUUGCCCAGAAACUCUACCGGAGCCGGUGAAGUUGCGGGAGGAUGAGGCCAAAGACGAAGCAAAACUGAGUGAAUUCCAAGAGGAGUUGGUGCAAAUGGCAGCAUCAUUGUGCGGAGACCAUAGGAAGGAGGGCUUCCCACAUAAACUAGUCGAAAACAUGACGGCGUCCGAUGGAGUGGAGUAUGUGAAGGGUGCGUUCCAGAAAUUCUUGGAUGAAUGUGAGAAAGCUAGGCGUAAUGGUGCAGAUGGAUCCACCAUCUGUAUACCACCAGUGGACUCAUCCACAUCCACUGCUGUUGACGCCCCGUCGCCUAAGUCUAAAUCCUUUGCUUCUAAGUUAUUUUCGUGCAUAGUUUGCAGUGGUAAUUGAUUUAAGAUAAAAUGUUGGGGGUGUUUGCUGGUUUUAAUUCAUUUUUACUUCUUUCUUGUACAAAAAUUCCGUUUAUUUGUUUAUAAGUUGUGCAAGUUUUUGAAAUAUUCAACAUUGUCGAGGAAAUAAUACUUUUCGUCUCGUAAGGGGCC